UUAAAACACAGACGAGCCCGUGGUGAUGCUCCUCUGCGCCUGGCUGAGAGGGUUCGUGCCGCAGCCGAGUGAACCUCGCCUUUCAGUCUCACAGGAGCCAAACAAAAGGCCUCAGAGUCAGCGACGCAUGUGAGGAGAGACGCUCAGAGGACGGCUAGGAUGACAGAAACGACCAAGACGCACGUUAUUUUGCUCUCGUGUGGAAGUUUUAACCCCAUCACGAAGGGCCACAUUCAUAUGUUCGAAAAAGCCAGAGAGUAUCUGCACAAGACAGGGCGAUUCAUAGUGAUCGGUGGGAUCAUCUCACCUGUACAUGACUCUUAUGGCAAACCGGGUCUUGUCCCCAGCAGACACCGCCUCACCAUGUGUCAGUUGGCAGUGCAGUCUUCUGAUUGGAUCAGGGUGGACCCAUGGGAGUGUUAUCAGGACACCUGGCAGACCACCUGCAGUGUGCUGGAACACCACCGAGACCUCAUGAAGAGAGUGACAGGGUGCAUUCUGUCUAAUGUGAACACUCCCUCCACAACCCCUGUGAUUGGCCAGCCUCAGAACACCACUUCUCCGAUCUACCAGAACAGCAACACAGCUAACAAGCCUACAGCCAUUAAGCUAUGGGGCAAGAUGAGCGAGAGUCUGGGCAAAAUCUGCUGUGUUCGCCCACAUGUGGAGCGCUUCACUUUUGUCGAUGAAAAUGCUAACCUCGGGACCGCAAUGCGCUACGAGGAAAUCGAGCUGCGCAUCCUGUUGCUAUGUGGCAGCGAUCUACUGGAGUCCUUCUGUAUUCCUGGCCUGUGGAACGAGAGUGAUAUGGAGGUGAUCGUAGGGGAUUUUGGGAUAGUGGUGGUGCCGCGGGACGGAGUCGACACGGAAAGGAUAAUGAAUCACUCCUCUGUGCUUCGCAAGCACAAGGACAACAUUGUUGUUGUGAAGGAUGAUCUCAACCAUCCGAUGUCAGUUGUCAGUUCGACUAAGAGCAGACUGGCUCUCCAGCAUGGAGAUGGCCACGUGGUGGACUAUCUAAGUCAGCCGGUGAUCGACUACAUCUUGCAGAGCCAACUCUACAUCAACGCCUCCGGAUAGGAGAGGGGGGGGUGGAAUCCCACUGUCCUUCCAUCCGCUGCCCCAUUCGUCUCCCUGUGUGUGAAUAACAGUAAAGUCCUCCCACGCUACCACUGCUUUUUCCAUAUAGAGGAGCGUUAACGUAUCUGUCGUCCCUUCUUUCUGUAUCAUAGUGACUCGUCAGGCCUGUAAGCGUGCAGUGUCGUGCCAAAGAGAGCUGUCCUCCACCAGUGGGAUAUGAAGGAAAGGGUCAAGUGGGCUUAGAGGUCCAGUUGAGGUGAGGGGAAAGGGAGAGUGGUAUGAUUCAGGGACAGAAAGAGAAAGCGAGAGGAAGUGAGGGCUAAUAGAUGACACAUUACCGGCUGUAACGUUGGCCUUGCUGUCAAUUUGAUACUGCCUGUUCCUCUAAUUGCAUGCCUAGAGGUUUUCUUUUUACCGCAUGAGUGCUCGACCAGCGUCGUAGACUGUAGUCUGCUGUGACUGUGUUUGCAAAAAAAAAAAAAGAUAAAAAAGAAACGCUUAGACGCAUCUCAUCGCAACUUCAUUUUCUAUUUACAACGACU